UUUGAGAACCACUGUUUUUGAAGGCUAGGAUAAUUGUAGAGGUUAGGUUUGAUUCCAAGAAGCAGACGACGGACUGAUCGUGUAAUAUAUGUACUAUACAAAACACGUGUUUUCUUGCCGGCUUACAUCAUUUGUUGUGUCAUGUCAUCAUGAACGAUACAUAUUUUGAAGCUCGAUGACGCUUCUUGAAAUCCCUGUGAUCGGAUCGGACGCCGAAGUAAAGUAUUACAUGGGGCAGAAAUGUUUCACGAACAAGAGGAAUCUGCUGCGAAUCUCUCCAAGAGAAAUAUUUUGCUCACAUCAUUUAUCUCAGGUGCUCUUGCAGGGAUCAUUUGUGACGUGACGCUUUAUCCAUUGGAUACCCUUAAAACAAGACUACAAAGCCAGCAUGGAUUUUUCCAAUCUGGUGGUUUCAAACAACUGUACAAAGGUGUAGGACCCGUAAUAUUAGGUUCUGCUCCAUCAGCUGCUAUAUUUUUUAUCACUUAUGAGGGAAUAAAACAGUAUUCACAACCAUAUAUACCAGAUCAGUAUCACUCCUUUAUACACAUGAUUGCGGCAUCAUCUUCUGAAGUAACUGCUUGCUUGGUUCGGGUACCAGUGGAAGUAAUUAAGCAAAGAAAACAAGCGCUCUUAUCAGACACACAUCAGUUAAGAUUAAAAACAUUGUACCGCGGUUAUGGAAGUACCGUUCUUCGGGAUUUACCAUUUGGCGUGAUUCAGAUGCCAUUGUGGGAAUAUUUCAAGCUUUGUUGGACUCGACAAGUAGAGCGAGAGUGCAAUCCUUUGGAAGGUGCAACGUGUGGGGCUGUAUCGGUUGCUAUAUCAGCUGCUUUAACAACCCCAUUAGAUGUCGCGAAGACAAGAAUUAUGUUGUCGAGCACUUCGGCGGAAAAAGAAGAAGUUAAAAUAUCUACAAUGUUGAAAGAUGUUUACAGAAAUCAUGGUGCUAAGGGGCUGUUUGCAGGUUUUCUCCCGAGAGUAACCGGUUUUACUAUUGGUGGUUUCAUAUUCUUUGGCGUUUACGAACAAGCCAGAGAAUUUUGUAUAUCCUACUUUUCAAAAUAGUCAUUAAUAGAUUAACAAAUUUGAAGUUAAAUUAUAUUGAUAUCUCUAACAAAGAUUUUAUAAAUACAUUUUAGCAAUUGAGCUUUUUUAUUCAACAUUUUCUGGGAUCAAUUUCAAAAGAUUACAAGUUAACAA